CAUAGGCGUGUAAGACGGCACGGGAAUCCUGAUUCACUCGGACCGGCAACAGAACACAAGGAGAGAGCGGAUGGUCGCGCAUGAGGCGAGAUUGACUGGAGAAGAGAUCGAAGAACUUAAACAACUAGGUGAGACCCACUUCUGGCCCCACUCCAGGCCGAUAGCGGACUUGUCGGAAGAGACCGGCAUCAAGCUGAUCUCGAAGGCUGAGGGAGUCUGGGUCGAAGACGCUCAGGGCAAUCGCUGGUCGAUACCCUGUCCGGGAUGUGGCUCAAGAACAUAGGCCAUGGGCGGAAGGAGAUCGCGGACGCGGUCUUCGAGCAGAUGCAAGAGGUAAGCUACUCUCCGGGAGGGACGGUCAGCCCCGCGACCAUCAAGCUCGCGCGACAAGUCGCGCGAGCGGCGCGCCCAUCUGACCAGGAGGAGUCCAGGGUCUACUUCACGAGCGGCGGAUCGGAGGCCGUGGAGACGGCCCUGAAGAUCGCCAAGGCCUAUCACAAGAACAAC